UUAUCAGAGUCAAUGUCAGUAUGAAUCCAAUGCUCAACAAUAGCGGUACUCGUUCACGGUUGGCAGUUUAGUGUGGUGCAGAAAACGGAGCUCUCCUCAGUUUGGUAAUAAUGCUGAAGCUCCUCCUAGCUCUAGUAGGGGGCGUGACGUUCACAUUGUGGUUCGUCUCCAGGCCCCCUAAUCCCUCCACCCUGCCCAAGUUAGACCCUGAACAGUGGUGGGGACCAGAGAAGUUGAAGGGCAAAGCUAAUAACAGCAUCAGGCCUUUUAAAAUUGAGUUUACUGAUAAGAUGAUUCAAGACCUAAAAAGGCGUCUAGACAACUUCCGCCCCCCACCUCCCCCGCUAGAGGGCGUAGCGCAGAACUACGGCUUCAACAGCAAGUUGUUAGAAGAAUGGAGGAAGUACUGGAGGGACCAGUACCCUUUCAAGGCCAGAGAGACCUUUUUGAAUCAGUUUCCACAGUUCAAGACUAAUAUCCAGGGGCUGGAUGUGCACUUUAUACAUGUGAAGCCUAAGGUUCCAGCGGGUGUGAAGGUCCUGCCUCUUUUAGUUCUGCACGGCUGGCCCGGAUCUGUGGUUGAAUUCUACGAGUCCAUCCCCCUGUUAGCUCGUCAGGCGCCUGGAUACGACUUUGCUUUUGAAGUCAUUGUGCCGAGCCUUCCCGGAUAUGGAUUUACCGACGCUGCCGUCCGACCAGGCCUUGGCUGCGCCCAGGCUGCUGUACUCCUCCGUAACCUGAUGCACCGACUUGGGCACAAGCAGUUCUACAUGCAAGGCGGCGACAUGGGCUCCAUCAUUGGCACCAACAUGGUUACGCUGUUCCCUGAUGAAGUGCUGGGAUUCCACUCUAACAUGCUGCUCGCUAGGAACACUCGUUCAAUCUUGUUAACGUUGUUGGGAGCCCUGUACCCUCCACUCAUAAUGCCUGCCCAUCAAGCACAUAGGAUGUACCCAUUGGGCACGUUCGUUGCCAAUAUGACGCUGGAGAUGGGAUACUUGCACAUGCAUGCCACCAAACCUGAUACUCUUGGUGUUGGCCUCUCUGAUUCCCCGCUUGGCCUCCUAGCCUACAUCUUCGAAAAAUUCAGCACCGGCACCAGGUUUGACUUCAGGGCCCGCGAGGACGCAGGCCUAUUGCAGUUCUACUCCAAAGAACACCUGCUGGACAACGUGAUGAUAUACUGGGUCAGCAACGCGAAGACUACGGCUAUGAGGCUGUAUGCUGAGACGUUUAAUAAAGCACAUAUUGCCCUUAAUAUUGACAGUUACCAAACCACCGUCCCGACCUGGGCGCUCCAAGCUAUAAACGAUUUCUACCAUCCUCCUACACUGCUGCGCACCAAGUUCGUGAAUUUCCUGGGACACACGGAGCUGCCUGAUGGUGGACACUUUAUUGCGCUGGAGAAGCCUGAUGUGUUUAGUCAGGACGUGUUUAAGGCUGUGAAGGAGUUUGUGGAAUAUCGAGAAGGCAGUAAGAAGACUGAACUGUAAAAUAUUUGUUUUCUGACAAAAAACUGUACGAUAAUCGUAAUGAUGAUCUCUGCCGUUUCAAGCAAUAUUCAAUUAUUGAAUCCGGAACAAUUAGUCACCAGAAAAUCAAACUGGCCAAAAUUGUGUUAUGUUUGGAUGUCGACCACAUCAUUUGGCAAUUCCAUUCUGUUGAUAUUUUUUCAAGAUAUUGAGAAAUUGUCUUUUAUUACUGCAGUGCUUUGGACUUAAGAUAUUUUUGACUACAUAGGGCUGACAUGACCAAGUGAUCCAAACCCUCAAAAUCUAAAUCGUGUUAAAGGCUGUGAUGUAGUUUGCGGAAUAGAGGUGGCAGUUAAGAAAACUCGAGUUGUAGGGUAACCUGGGUACGAUUGUGCCAGGGUACGGUAGUGACAGUCGCUAUAACAGCGAAACUAUACGGAUCGCGGGGAGGGGUGCUAGGGGAAAGACAAGCGGCAUGCAAGUCUAAACGCGUGUCCCAGUGUUGCGUCAGCCGGCGUGCGACGGUAACGUAAGCAGGGGCCCACAUUGAUUUUCGACAGUCAAAAGUAAAUUUUUUUGUUCGAUUUCUUUUUGUAAUUACGGUUAUUUGUACACAGAUAGAUUGCCUUUUAUUUUUUUUGUUAUAACUUGAACAUUGGCAGUUACUUACGAGUAAAUUACUUUUAAUGCAGAUCAUUUUGCUCAGUCAUGGUCAUUUUUUGUUUUCAAAAGUAUGCGUUGGGUACGGUUGUGACAAAUUUUGUGGGUACGGUUGUGACAUUGCUUUUUUUGUUUUGUUUUAUUUUAGAUACCUAGGAAACGCGUGCGGAAGACCGAGAGAGGCCUGUCUGAUAUUAGUAAAUAUGAAAAUGCUUCUGUCUGGUUUGUGUAACCGCAAAUUCUGAAAGUAGGGCUGGCGAAAAAUGGAUCAAGUGCCAAGGAACAUGUGGCCUCUGGUCUCACAUGGAGUGCGCAGGUGAUAGUCCCCAUUAUAUUUGUCACAACUGUGAUGAAUCUGACUAGAUCUCAGUAUGUUGAUUGAUACAAUUAUAAAUGUUUAAUUUUUCUUUGUUGUGUUACAGUUUUGUUAAAAUUUUGUAGUAGUUAAGCUAACAUUUUGACUGAUUAUAAAGAAGACUGUUUUAUGUUACAGUGCCUUAUUAGUUUUAAGAAGAGAAGUGAUCACAGAUUUUCGCUUUUUUGCCAUAAAGUGAUUGUUAACUUUGUUUAGAAGAAGAUUAUGUUGUGUUCAGUUAAUUAUUUGUAACAAUAAAAGUCAUUAAAACUAUUUGGAUGUAUUUUGUAUGCCUGUCACUACCGACCCCACCCACUGUCACAACUGCCCUUGGGGUGUGGCCGGUUGUGACACUUUCCCUUUUUUUUUUAAUUUGAUCGUAUGCCUAAUACAGCGUAGCUAGGGACAAUUUUUUAUCAAUUUUAGGUAGAUAAAUAAUCAAAUUAAGUAUUAAAGUGAUUUUUCUCCCAGAUAACUGGUAAAUUUACAAAAUUAUAGGCGAUCAAACCAAAAUUGUCACAACCGUACCCAGCUUACCCUACAUUUGUUUUCUGAAAAUAUUUUCCGUAAAAGCACUAAAUAAUAACACUCAAUUUAAACUUCCAUUUUCUGAAAAUAUUUUCCGUAAAAGCAUUAAAUAAUAACACUCAAUUUAAACUUCCAUUGUGUCAUUAAAAUAAUAUCUUAAAGAUGCAUCUCGCGUGCGCCUAUAUCUAAAUGUACGGACGUCUUUGCGUAGAAUUGGCAUCUCAAUUCUUAAAAUUAAACCGACAGUCAUCAGGAAAACGAAUUUAACCGUCAGAAGACAAGAGUUGUGAGAACUGCAAUAAACUGCCAAAUGUUAGUGAUUAUUAAAAGCUAUUAUGGAGUUUAUUUUUCAAUGAGGUGAUAAAAAUCUACCAGUGAAAGUGUAUUUUAUGUUUUCUCCUUCGAAUUUUUAGGGAAAGGUUAUGUAAAUAUUAAACAAGCAUUGUUGAUUUUGUUA